AUGAAGUCAAAUCUAGUAUGUGUCCUUUCUCUCGCAACGCUGUUCGCAUCGCGGAGUCAUGGCGCCCCAACGAACAAUCCCCCAUUGCGAGGAUCGGAAGACCUACUUGGUUAUUCUUCGUCCAACACGCUCUCGUCGCAGACGACAGAGGACAUCCCCUACACGCCAGUAGACGGACAAACGGACGAUGCCGACCUGGGAGUGUACCUGAACUUUGAGGGUUCAGCCAGCCCGCAGCCGAUCCGGGGGAACACAGGAGGGACGGAUCCAGGUCCACGAAAUGCCGACUAUGAUCGCAUCAACAGUGACAAGCUGGCGCCGCCGGGCACGGAUGAAGGGCAGACGAUCAACGCACAAUGGCCUAUGGGACUCAGUCAUAAUCGUCUUGGGAUGAACGAGUCCGGCUGGGCGCGACAGGAAAACUUGAACGUGAUGCCGGACGCCACCAAGAUGGCCGGGGUGGAUAUGCGCCUGGAAGCUGGAGCAUACCGUGAACUCCACUGGCAUGUUGCCAGCGAAUGGUCACUGGUUCUGAAUGGAUCGUGUCGCAUUGAGGCUGUCAACGAAAAUGGCCAGACUUUUGUCGAUGACGUAACAGCUGGCGAUGUCUGGUUUUUCCCGCCUGGAAUCCCACACUCGAUCCAAGCCUUGGACUCCGGGGUGGAAUUUCUCCUGGUCUUCGAUGAUGGCGAUUUCUCCGAGGACAACACCUUCCUUGCCACCGAAGUCUUUGCCCACCAACCUAAAUCGGUGUUGGCCAAGAAUUUCGAUCUCCCCGUGGCCGCCUUCGAUGAGAUCCCGGAUGAUGAACUGUACAUCUUCCCCGGCACCCCGGCCCCGACCAACAUCAGCGAGCAGAAUGUGACGGGCACGGCGGGCAUUGUGCCGUUCACGCAGAGCUAUUCCUACCACUUCUCCGAGCAGCCUGCCCACGAGGUGCAAGGCGGUUCCGUCAAGAUCGUCGAUCCGUUGACCUUUCCCAUCGCCUCCAACUUUGCCGCCGCCGUGGUCACCGUGCAUCCGGGGGGCCUGCGCGAGAUUCACUGGCACCCCACCAGCGAUGAGUGGACCUUUUUCAUCCAGGGCCAGGGUCGCGCGACCUUGUUCACCGCGCCCAGCACCGCCACUACCUUCGAUUACCGCGCGGGAGAUGUGGGCUACUUCCCGCAGUCCAACAGCCACUAUAUCGAGAACACGGGCGAGGAGGACUUGAUCUUCGUCGAGGUCUUGCAGGCUGAUCAAUUCUCUGACGUAUCGCUCGGUCAAUGGAUUGGGUCGACCCCGAAGCAGAUUGUGGCCGACACGUUGCGAUUGCCACAAAGCGCCCUGGAUCGGCUGAAGACAGAAAAGAUGUAUGUGGUUGCUGGGUCGAACGAGACGGAGGCGUCGACGUAG